CAUUUUGCGCUUAUUUAAAUGGAAACUCGGCUCUAGAAUAGCCACAGUAUUCCGGUGAACUUGGCGUUGUUUGUAUCUGUUGCCGUUGUAGUACUAAAACAAAUUAUAAAAUCAAAUUUAUUUGAAAAUACGCAAAAUACAAAAUAAUCAAGAAAAUGGCAAAUUUCAUGUGCUUCGUUAUCCUCUCGUUGGCUUUGUUCGCCAGUGUGGCCGUGGCGCGUCCAGGAUAUGCUGUGGAUUAUUAUGAUCAUCCCAAAUAUGCCUUUAACUAUGGCGUAGCCGAUCACACGACCGGCGAUGUCAAAUCACAGCAUGAAACUCGUGAUGGCGAUGUUGUCAAGGGUCAAUACUCUCUGGUCGAGCCCGAUGGCUCCAUUCGCACUGUUGAUUACACGGCCGAUUCCAUUCAUGGCUUCAACGCUGUUGUCACCAAAUCUGGACCCACUGUGCACGCCCAGUCGCUGGUCACGAAGCCCAUCAUUGCACACAAACCGAUUUUGACCCACUAUGAGCCACAUGUGGCUCCUGUGGCCGCGCCUGUUGUCGUUGCCUCGCCAGCGCCCUAUGUCGCCCAACACUAUGCGCCCGCUGCCGCGCCAAUUCACUACGACUACGAUGAUGGCUACUACAACCAGGCACAAUAUGAGUACGUGCCCCAAUACGAUGCUGGACACUAUGGACACUACUCGAGUCCUUAUGCGGCACACUAUUAAGUACCUUUAACUAGAAACGAGAAACAUAUGCGAUUUAGUGCUCUAAGCGAAUUUAGUUUGUAUAUUUUUGAAAAAAAAAGAAAAACAUGGGAAAUCGAAACCUACUUAGUUUGGAUAUACGAGUGCAUAAG